GUGCGUGGCCUUGUUACUGGGUCACUCACUUUAAUCAGGGCAGAAACUGAACUUUAGCCAAAGCAAAUCUAAUCAAAUUUGCGUAAACAUGGCUCAACCGUCUCCCUUUUUUGGGACAGGAUAAAGGUGGGGAAAAAAAGAAAAGAACGCGUUUCUUCGUUUGCCAUUUCUGUAUAAAAAUCUGUGCCGAGGGGAUGCUCGUCCAACCUGACUGAAACAGGAUUCUCUGGGAAUACCAAGCAGCUCCAUCAUGGUGCACAGAGUAGCAGUAAUCGGGGCAGGCCCGUCCGGUCUGGUCAGCAUAAAGGCAUGUUUGGACGAGGGCUUGGUGCCAACCUGUUUCGAAAGCAGUGAUGACAUGGGUGGACUCUGGAAGUUCAAGGAAGUGUCAGAGCCCAACAGGGCUAGCAUAUACCGCUCGCUUACCAUCAACAUCUCCAAAGAAAUGAUGUGUUACAGUGACUUUCCAAUUCCAGCUGAUUAUCCCAACUACAUGCACCACUCUAAAAUCCUAACCUACUUCAGGAUGUACGCAGAGCACUUUAAAUUACUGGAGCACAUUCAUUUCCAGACAUCAGUGAAGAGAGUCACACAAAGACCUGACUUUGCCCAAAGCGGCCAGUGGGAAGUGGUAACAGAAAACAGGGCUGGACUAGAAGAGAGGCACGUGUUCGAUGGCGUAAUCUGCUGCUCCGGCCACUACACCUAUCCCAAUCUGCCGCUCAAGGACUUCCCAGGAAUUGAGACAUUCGAAGGAAAGUACCUCCACAGCUGGGACUACAAGGGACCGGAGGACAUGUACGGGAAGAGAGUGUUGGUCAUCGGCAUCGGCAACUCGGGAGGCGACAUUGCAGUGGAGACGGGAAGAUUUGCAGAGCAGGUCCUUGUUGCUCUUGCUCUAUCGUUGCAGGAUGCUCCUCACGGGCAUGAGUGCGUACUGAGUUGCAUCUGGCUUGUCCUGCAGGUGUAUCUGAGCACCCGUCGCGGGGCCUGGGUCAUUCGUCAGGUUUCUGAUAACGGUCUGCCCGUGGACAUGAAGUACAACACUCGCUUUGUUCACAUCCUGUUUCAGCUGCUGCCCAUGAACUUCUUCAACUGGUUUGGGGAGAAGAAGCUCAACGCCAUGUAUGACCAUACCAUGUAUGCCCUCAAGCCCAAACACAGGCUCUUCAGUCAGAUACCGGUUAUUAACGACGACUUGCCCCUAAAGAUCCUAUCUGGAUCUGUCAUCGUCAAACCCAAUGUGAAGGAGAUCCGGGGCUCCACCGUGGUGUUCGAAGAUGGCAGCACGGUAGACAAGGUGGAUACGAUUGUGUUCGCCACAGGAUACAACUAUGACUUCCCUUACUUGCCGAGCAAUACCUUGUACAAGUCUGGGCAUCGCGUGGGUCUGUACAAGCAUGUUUUCCCUCCAAACCUGGAGCACCCCACCCUGGCUGUGGUGGGUUUCAUUCAUGCGCUUGGAGCCAUCAUGCCUCAAGCUGAAAUGCAGGCCCGCUGGGUCACACGCGUCUUCACAGGACAAAAAAAACUGCCCUCAAACCGGUCCAUGAUCAAGGCUGUCGAAAAGGACACCAAUGACAUUGAUAAAAACUAUAUUGUGUCAAAGCUGACACCCCUGCAGGUGGAUUUUGUUUCUUAUAUGGACGAAAUAGCCGGAGAAAUUGGGGUGCGGCCAAGUCUCCUCUGGCUCUUCUUCACAGACUACCCUCUGUUUAAGAAGGUUUUGUGGGGCCCUGUCUCUGCUUACCAGUAUCGGCUGAUGGGACCAGGGAAAUGGAACGGGGCCCGCAAGGCAAUCUUCACCCAGUUUGACCGCAUGUACCAGCCCCUUAAAACUAGAAAGGUGGUGGAACAGGAACCCUCUUUUACUGGCCGCCUGGUCAAACUGAGCCUUACCAUGAUGGCAGGAGGAGCCGCAGCAUAUUACUUUCAUACCCGCAACCCAGACACCAUCCCCAAACUUUUGUCCAACCUCCGUCCACAAACUGUUUGAUCUGGCCGGGUUGGUCACAACACAGAAAAGGCAAAUUAAUUAUCUGCUGUUUCUAGAUCUGUUCGAAAAUCUAGUUCAAUAUAAUCUUUUUUGCAUUGUGAUCUAUGACAUUGUUGCAGGGAUUAUUGUGAUGUUAUUAUGUGAAUCAGUUUCACGUAUACACAAAACAAACCCUUUGAAUGUUUUUUUAAAAUCAGUUUUAGAACUUUUAUUAGACGCAGUGGUGUCAUUGGCUAUGACGCCAGUCUAUAUUCUGCCUGGUUUUCUUUUCUCUCCUUUUCUUAGCCCCCAUCUUGCCACGUGUUUGGUUCACUUGACAGCUGAAUAGAUAAACGCCAAAUGAAAUUAAAGUACGCAAAGCCUAGAGUUUUAUCUAAGACACUAUGAAUGAAGCUAUCUCUCUUAUCUCAAUCUGGCCUCCCGAGAGCGGCCUUGCAGCUGCUACUCUGCAAACUUGCCCUGGAUGAAACUGCAGACCGACGCUUUGCCCCCCUCCCACCCCCUCCGUCUUCCCAAGCAGGAGUAUGGGCAUCACAAGGACAAAUUCCGUCUA